AUGGACGUGGACGUGGACCUGGACGUGGACGUGGACGUGGACGUGGACUUGGACGUGGACGUGGAUGUGGACGUGGACAUGGAGGACGUGGAUGUGGACGUGGAAGACGUGGACGUGGACGUGGAUGUGGACGUGGACCUGGACGUGGACCAGGACGUGGACGUGGACGUGGACCUGGACGUGGACGUGGACGUGGACGUGGACGUGGAUGUGGACGUGGACGUGGACGUGGACGUGGUCGUGGACGUGGACGUGGACGUGGACGUGGACGUGGACGUGGACGUGGACCUGGACGUGGACGUGGACGUGGACGUGGACGUGGACGUGGACGUGGACGUGGACCUGGACGUGGACGUGGACGUGGACGUGGACGUGGACGUGGUCGUGGACGUGGACAUGGACGUGGACAUAGUCAUGGACGUGGACGUGGAUGUGGACCUGGACAUGGACGUGGACGUGGACGUGGACGUGGUCGUGAACGUGGACGUGGACGUGGACGUGGACUUGGAGGUGGACGUGGACGUAGACAUGGACGUGGACGUGGACAUGGACGUGGAUGUGGUCGUGGAUGUGGACGUGGACGUGGUCGUGGACGUGGACGUGGACGUGGUCGUGACCGUGGACGUGGACGUGGACGUGGACUUGGACGUGGACCUGGACGUGGACGUGGUCGUGGUCGUGGACUUGGACGUGGACAUAGUCGUGGACGUGGACGUGGACGUGGACGUGGACCUGGACAUGGACGUGGACGUGGACGUGGUCGUGGACGUGGACGUGGACGUGGUCGUGGACAUGGACGUGGACGUGGUCGUGAACGUGGACGUGGACGUGGACGUGGACUUGGAGGUGGACGUGGACGUAGACAUGGACGUGGACGUGGACAUGGACGUGGAUGUGGUCGUGGACCUGGACGUGGACGUGGACGAGGACGUGGACGCGGACGUGGAAGUGGACGUGGAUGUGGACGUGGACGUGGACGUGGACAUGGUCGUGGACGUGGACGUGGAGGUGGACGUGGACGUGGACGUGGUCGUGGACGUGGACGUGGACGUGGACGUGGAUGUCGACAUGGUCGUGGGCGUGGUCGUGGACGUGGACGUGGUCGUGGACGUGGACCUGGUCCUGGACGUGGACGUGGUCGUGGACGUGGACAUGGAUGUGGACCUGGACGUGGUCGUGGAAGUGGAUCUGGACGUAGACGUGGACGUGGACUUGGACGUGGUCGUGGACCUGGACGUGGACGUGGACGUGGACGUGGUCGUGGACGUGGUCGUAGAUGUGGACGUGGACGUGGACGUGGACGUGGUCGUGGGCGUGGACGUGGAUGUGGACGUGGACGUGGACCUGGACGUGGACGUGGACUUGGACGUGGACGUGGACGUGGUCGUGGACGCGGACAUGGACGUGGACAUAGUCAUGGACGUGGACGUGGACGUGGACCUGGACAUGGACGUGGACGCGGACGUGAUCGUGGACGUGGACGUGGACGUGGUCGUGGACGUGGACGUGGACGUGGUCGUGAACGUGGACGUGGACGUGGACUUGGAGGUGGACGUGGACGUAGACAUGGAUGUGGACGUGGACAUGGACGUGGAUGUGGUCGUGGACCUGGACGUGGACGUGGACGAGGACGUGGACGCGGACGUGGAAGUGGACGUGGAUGUGGACGUGGACGUGGACGUGGACAUGGUCGUGGACGUGGACGUGGAGGUGGACGUGGACGUGGACGUGGUCGUGGACGUGGACGAGGACGUGGACGUGGAUGUCGACGUGGUGGAUAUAAACGUGGACGUGGACGUGGACAUGGUCGUGGACGUGGAUGUGGAGGUGGACGUGGACGUGGACGUGGUCGUGGACGUGGACGUGGACGUGGACGUGGAUGUCGACGUGGUCGUGGGCGUGGUCGUGGACGUGGACGUGGUCGUGGACGUGGACGUGGUCCUGGACGUGGUCGUGGACGUGGACGUGGAUGUGGACCUGGACGUGGUCGUGGAAGUGGACCUGGACGUGGACGUGGACGUGGACAUGGACUUGGACGUGGUCGUGGACCUGGACGUGGACGUGGACGUGGACGUGGUCGUGGACGUGGUCGUAGAUGUGGACGUGGACGUGGACGUGGACGUGGACGUGGUCGUGGACGUGGACGUGGACGUGGUCGUUGACGUGGACGUGGACGUGGUCGUGAACGUGGACGUGGACGUGGACUUGGAGGUGGACGUGGACGUAGACAUGGACGUGGACGUGGACAUGGACGUGGAUGUGGUCGUGGACCUGGACGUGGACGUGGACGAGGACGUGGACGCGGACGUGGAAGUGGACGUGGAUGUGGACGUGGACGUGGACGUGGACAUGGUCGUGGACGUGGACGUGGAGGUGGACGUGGACGUGGACGUGGUCGUGGACGUGGACGAGGACGUGGACGUGGAUGUCGACGUGGUGGAUGUGGACGUGGACGUGGACGUGGACAUGGUCGUGGACGUGGAUGUGGAGGUGGACGUGGACGUGGACGUGGUCGUGGACGUGGACGUGGACGUGGAUGUCGACGUGGUCGUGGGCGUGGUCGUGGACGUGGACGUGGUCGUGGACGUGGUCCUGGACGUGGACGUGGUCGUGGACGUGGACGUGGAUGUGGACCUGGACGUGGUCGUGGAAGUGGACCUGGACGUGGACGUGGACGUGGACAUGGACUUGGACGUGGUCGUGGACCUGGACGUGGACGUGGACGUGGACGUGGUCGUGGACGUGGUCGUAGAUGUGGACGUGGACGUGGACGUGGACGUGGUCGUGGGCGUGGACGUGGAUGUGGACGUGGUCGUGGACGUGGACGUGGUCGUGAACGUGGACGUGGACGUGGACGUAGACAUGGACGUGGACCUGGACGUGGACAUGGACGUGGACGUGGACGUGGACGUGGAUGUGGCCGUGGACGUCGUGGACGUGGACGUGGACGUGGACGUGGACCUGGACGUGGACGUGGACCUGGACGUGGAUGUGGACGUGGACGUUGACGUGGACGUGGACGUGGACGUGGACUUGGACGUGGACGUGGACAUGGACGUGGACGUGGAGGACGUGGACGUGGACAUGGAGGACGUGGACGUGGACGUGGACCUGGAGGUGGUCGUGGUCGUGGACGUGGACGUUGACGUGGACGUUGACGUGGACGUGGACGUUGACGUGGACGUGGACGUUGACGUGGACGUGGACGUGGUCGUGGACGUGGACGUGGACGUGGACCUGGACGUGGACCUGGACGUGGACGUGGACGUGGACGUGGAUGAGGACGUGGACGUGGUCGUGGACAUGGACGUGGAUUUGGAUGUGGACGUGGACGUGGACUUGGACAUGGAUGUGGACGUGGUCGUGGACGUGGAGGUGGACAUGGACGUGGAGGACUUGGACGUGGACGUGGACGUAGACGUGGACGUGGACGUGGUCGUGGACGUGGAUGUGGACGUGGUCGUGGACGAGGACGUGGACGUGGACGUGGACGUGGACGUGGACGUGGACGUGGACGUGGACGUGGACGUGGACAUGGACAUGGACGUGGACGUGGACGUGGACGUGGACAUGGACGUGGACGUGGACGUGGACGUGGACGUGGACGUGGACGCGUGGACGUGGACGUGGACGUGGACGUGGACGUGGACAUGGACGUGGACGUGGACGUGGACGUGGACGAUGGACGUGGACGUGGACGUGGACGUGGACGUGGACGUGGACGUGGACGUGGACAUGGACGUGGACGUGGACGUGGACGUGGACAUGGUCGUGGACGUGGACGUGGACGUGGACGUGGACGUGGACGUGGACGUGGACAUGGACGUGGACGUGGACGUGGACGUGGACGUGGACGUGGACAUGGACGUGGACAUGGUCGUGGACGUGGACGUGGACGUGGACGAGGACGUGGACAUGGACGUGGACGUGGACGUGGACGUGGACGUGGACGUGGACAUGGACGUGGACGUGGACGUGGACGUGGACGUGGACGUGGACAUGGUCGUGGACGUGGACGUGGACGUGGACGUGGAGGUGGACGUGGACCUGGACUUGGACAUGGUCGUGGACAUGGACGUGGACGUGGACGUGGACGUGGACGUGGACAUGGACAUGGACGUGGACGUGGACGUGGACGUGGACGUGGACAUGGACGUGGACGUGGACGUGGUCGUGGACGUGGACGUGGACAUGGACGUGGACAUGGACCUGGACCUGGACGUGGACAUGGACGUGGACAUGGACGUGGACAUGGACGUGGACGUGGACGUGGACGUGGACGUGGACGUGGACGUGGACGUGGACGUGGACGUGGACGUGGACGUGGACGUGGACGUGGACGUGGACGUGGACGUGGACAUGGACGUGGACGUGGACGUGGACGUGGAUAUGGACAUGGACAUGGACGUGGACGUGGAUGUGGACGUGGACGUGGACGUGGACGUGGACGUGGACGUGGACGUGGACAUGGACGUGGACGUGGACGUGGACGUGGACAUGGUCGUGGACGUGGACGUCGACGUGGACGUGGACGUAGACGUGGACAUGGACGUGGACGUGGACGUGGACGUGGACGUGGACGUGGACGUGGACGUGGACGUAGACGUGGACGUGGACGUGGACGUGGACGUGGACCUGGACAUGGACAUGGACGUGGACAUGGACGUGGACAUGGACGUGGACAUGGACGUGGACGUGGACGUGGACGUGGACGUGGACCUGGACAUAGACUUGGACGUGGACGUGGACGUGGACGUGGACAUGGACGUGGACGUCGACGUGGACGUGGACGUGGACGUGGACGUGGACGUGGACGUCGACGUGGACGUGGACGUGGACAUGGACGUGGACGUGGACGUGGACGUGGACAUGGACAUGGACGUGGCCGUGGACGUGGACGUGGACAUGGACGUGGACAUGGACGUGGACGUGGACGUGGACGUGGACGUGGACGUGGACGUGGACAUCGACGUGGACGUCGACGUGGACGUAGACAUGGACGUGGACAUGGACCUGGACAUGGAUGUGGUCAUGGACGUAGACGUGGACGUGGACGUGGACAUGGACGUGGACGUGGACGUGGACGUGGACAUGGACGUGGAUGUGGACGUGGACGUGGACGUGGACGUGGACGUGGUCGUGGACGUGGACAUGGACGUGGACGUGGACGUGGACCUGGACGUGGACGUGGACGUGGACGUGGACCUGGACGUGGACGUGGACUUGGACGUGGACGUGGACGUGGUCGUGGACGUGGACAUGGACGUGGACAUAGUCAUGGACGUGGACGUGGACGUGGAUGUGGACCUGGACAUGGACGUGGACGUGGACGUGGUCGUGGACGUGGUCGUGGACGUGGACGUGGACGUGGUCGUGAACGUGGACAUGGACGUGGACGUUGACUUGGAGGUGGACGUGGAUGUAGACAUGGACGUGGACGUGGACAUGGACGUGGAUGUGGUCGUGGAUGUGGACAUGGACGUGGUCGUGGACGUGGACGUGGACGUGGUCGUGACCGUGGACGUGGACGUGGACGUGGACUUGGACGUGGACCUGGACGUGGACGUGGUCGUGAUCGUGGACAUGGACGUGGACAUUGUCAUGGACGUGGACGUGGACGUGGACGUGGACCUGGACAUGGACGUGGACGUGGACGUGGUCGUGGACGUGGACGUGGACGUGGUCGUGGACGUGGACGUAGUCGUGAACGUGGACGUGGACGUGGACGUGGACUUGGAGGUGGACGUGGACGUAGACAUGGACGUGGACGCGGACAUGGACGUGGAUGUGGUCGUGGACCUGGACGUGGACGUGGACGAGGACGUGGACGCGGACGUGAACGUGGACAUGGACGUGGACGUGGAUGUGGAUGUGGACGUGGACGUGGACGUGGACAUGGUCGUGGACGUGGACGUGGAGGUGGACGUGGACGUGGACGUGGACGUGGUCGUGGACGUGGACGUGGACGUGGACGUGGAUGUCGACGUGGUGGAGGUGGACGUGGACGUGGACGUGGACAUGGUCGUGGACGUGGACGUGGAGGUGGACGUGGACGUGGACGUGGUCGUGGAGGUGGACGUGGACGUGGACGUGGAUGUCGAUGUGGUCGUGGGCGUGGUCGUGGACGUGGACGUGGUCGUGGACGUGGACGUGGUCCUGGACGUGGACGUGGUCGUGGACGUGGACGUGGAUGUGGACCUGGACGUGGACAUGGUCGUGGAUGUGGACCUGGACGUGGACGUGGACUUGGACGUGGUCGUGGACCUGGACGUGGACGUGGACGUGGACGUGGUCGUGGGCGUGGUCGUGGACGUGGACGUGGACGUGGACGUGGUCGUGGGCGUGGACGUGGAUGUGGACGUGGACGUGGACCUGGACGUGGACGUGGACUUGGACGUGGACGUGGACGUGGUCGUGGACGUGGACAUGGACGUGGACAUAGUCAUGGACGUGGACGUGGACGUGGACGUGGACCUGGACAUGGACGUGGACGUGGACGUGGUCGUGGACGUGGACGUGGACGUGGUCGUGGACGUGGACGUGGUCGUGAACGUGGACGUGGACGUGGACUUGGAGGUGGACGUGGACGUAGACAUGGACGUGGACGUGGACAUGGACGUGGAUGUGGUCGUGGACCUGGACGUGGACGUGGACGAGGACGUGGACGCGGACGUGGAAGUGGACGUCGUGGACGUGGACGUGGACGUGGACCCGGACCUGGACGUGGACGUGGACCUGGACGUGGAUGUGGACGUGGAUGUGGACGUGGACGUGGACGUGGUCGUGGACUUGGACGUGGACGUGGACGUGGACAUGGACGUGGACGUGGAGGACGUGGACGUUGAUAUGGAGGACGUGGACGUGGACGUGGACCUGGAUGUGGACCUGGACGUGGACGUUGACGUGGACGUGGACGUGGUCGUGGACGUGGACGUGGACGUGGACCUGGACCUGGACGUGGACCUGGACGUGGACGUGGACGUGGACGUGGAUGAGGACGUGGACGUGGUCGUGGACGUGGACGUGGAUUUGGAUGUGGACGUGGACGUGGACUUGGACAUGGAUGUGGACGUGGUCGUGGACGUGGAGGUGGACAUGGACGUGGAGGACUUGGACGUGGACGUGGACGUAGACGUGGACGUGGACGUGGUCGUGGACGUGGACGUGGACGUGGUCGUGGACGAGGACGUGGACGUGGUCGUGGACGUGGACGUGGACGUGGUCGUGGACGUGGACGUAGACGUGGACGUGGACGUGGACAUGGACGUGGACGUGGACGUGGACGUGGACGUGGACAUGGUCGUGGACGUGGGCAUGGACGUGGACGUGGACGCGUGGACGUAG